CAGGCGGGGAUGGGGGGGGGCGUCCUGUAGCCCUCAGGACGUUUUAUCUGUGGGCCCUCCGAUCGCGUCACAAGUGGGCGACUGAGCCUUGGCGGUGGUGGCCGAGGCGGCGAAGGCGGCAGCGGCGGCGACAGCUCUGGGGUUUGCGUCUCGGGGUGUGUCGGCCGCCGCUGCUGCUUGGGCCUGGUAUGUACAAAUGGCUGGUUAGGAUUCUCGGCACCAUUUUCCGUCUCUGUGACCGGCCGGUGCCCCCUGCCCGGGCCCUCCUGAAGAGGCGGCGCUCGAACAGCACUUUGUUUUCUACAGUGGACACUGAUGAAAUACCAGCCAAAAGACCAAGAUUAGAUUAUUUCAUUCACCAAGUCAAAACCAGUCUCUACAAUGCUGCCAGCUUAUUUGGAUUCCCAUUCCAGCUGACCACAAAGCCCAUGGUAACCUCUGCUUGUAAUGGAACACGGAAUGUGGCCCCUUCAGGAGAGGUAUUUUCGAACUCAUCGUCUUGUGAACUGACAGGUUCUGGACCCUGGAACAACAUGCUGAAACUGGGUAAUAAAUCCCCUAAUGGAAUAAGUGACUAUCCAAAGAUCAGAGUGACAGUAACCCGAGAUCAGCCCCGAAGAGUCCUGCCUUCCUUUGGUUUUACUUUGAACUCAGAGGGGUACAACAGAAGACCAGGGGGCCGUCGUCAUAGCAAAGGCACUUCAGAGAGUUCCUUAACCUGGAAGCCUCAGGAACAGGUUGUAACAGAGAUGAUUUCUGAAGAGGGUGGCAAGGGUCUGAGGCGUCCCCACUGUACCGUGGAGGAGGGUGUUCAAAAAGAGGAAAGAGAGAAAUACCGAAGGUUACUGGAGCGACUUAAAGAAGGUGGUCAUGGAAACUCUGUUUCUCCUGGAACUCCAACUUAUCACAGCUCUCAAAGAAGUCAGAUGGACACAUUAAAGACCAAAGGCUGGGGGGAAGAGCAAAGUCACGGAGUCAAAACAACUCAGUUUGUUCCAAAACAAUAUAGAGUUGUUGAAACAAGGGGACCGCUAUGCUCAGUGAGAAGUGAGAAGAGGUGUUGUUCAAAGGGGAAAAUUUCUGAUACAGAGAGGACAGUUGGAAUCAGACUUGAAAAUGAAGGUAGGAGGGGACACCAGCUGGAACCUGACCUAUCCGAAGAGGUGUCAGCCCGACUCCGCCUGGGCAGUGGGAGCAAUGGCUUACUCAGGAGGAAAAUGUCAAUACUUGAGACAAAAGAAAAACAUUGCUCAGGCAAAGAGAGGGAUAAAAGGAUGGAUGAUCUUCUUGAACUUACAGAGGACAUGGAAAGGGAAAUCAGUAAUGCCCUAGGUCAUGGUCCACAAGAUGAAAUCCUAAGUAGUGCUUUCAAGUUGCGAAUCACUCGAGGUGAUAUCCAGACCUUGAAGAACUAUCACUGGCUCAAUGAUGAAGUCAUUAAUUUUUAUAUGAAUCUUCUGGUGGAAAGAAACAAAAAACAAGGGUAUCCAGCACUUCAUGCAUUCAGUACCUUUUUCUAUCCCAAAUUAAAGUCGGGUGGUUACCAAGCAGUGAAAAGAUGGACCAAAGGGGUCAAUCUCUUUGAACAAGAACUUAUUCUGGUUCCUAUUCAUCGGAAGGUACAUUGGAGCCUCGUGGUGAUAGACCUAAGAAAAAGGUGUCUUAAAUAUCUGGAUUCUAUGGGACAAAAGGGCCACAGGAUCUGUGAGAUUCUCCUUCAGUAUUUACAGGAUGAAAGUAAGACCAAAAGAAAUAUUGAUCUGAAUCUUUUAGAGUGGACCCACUACAGCAUGAAGCCACAUGAGAUUCCUCAACAGUUGAAUGGGAGUGAUUGUGGAAUGUUUACUUGUAAAUAUGCAGAUUAUAUCUCUAGGGACAAACCUAUCACAUUUACUCAGCACCAGAUGCCUCUUUUCCGGAAGAAGAUGGUGUGGGAGAUCCUUCAUCAGCAGUUGCUGUGAGGAGGCCCCGCCCAGUCCCUCGAGCUGCUGGUGGUCCUGUCACGGAGGACGGAUGUUUCCAUAUACCUCAUGCAUCGUGGGUUCAAAAGUCCCUGCAUCAGCUCUGGUCUCGCAGGCACUGAGCCGCAGCUCGCGCCCCGGCGCUCCUGCCCCGGCCCCACGUGGUGUGGGGCUUCUGCGCGGCCGUGCGCGAGCCUGUGCCUGCUCGCAGCCUGGAUCGUUCAACCCACACAAGAACAAACGCUAAUUCAUACUUUUUUUUUUUUUUAAGAUUUUUUUUUCCCUAUGAAUGUGGGAAAUGCAGGAUUUAUUCUACGAUUUGUUUUUUGUGUGUUUGUUCACGUGUUCAUUCGCUCACUCAUUUGCAAACAUAACCGGCAGUGGCUGUCUGCUGCUGCUCUUACAGUUAACUCUGAAUUACCUGUUCGAACUAUUUAUUUUUGAAAGGAAUAUCAAUCAGGCUCCGCUCCCAGCUGAAGACCAGGAGGGCAAUCAGUGGGGGGAGGAAGGCAGUGGUAAUUCACUUCUCUAAGGCUGGAGCAGAGGCUGCCGGCUGGAAGCUGGAGAUCUGGUUUUGGGGGCUUGCAAAUGCCGAGAAGCGCCGCGGUGGGGGGCCCGGUUGCCUUUCUGAGGAAGUCGGACACCACAGCGUUGGCAUGGGCCCCGGGCCACGUGGAACUGCCGCCCAGGAACUCUGGCUCUCCAAGUGUCUUCAGAGGAGUGUAGUGGUCAUCCGCGAGACUGCUCUUUCUGGAAAUGAGGUGACUUGGCUACUCUUGAAACUGGAUUUGAAGUAACUGUAAACCCUACAUCUUCAUUUUCAUCCCAGAUCUGGUUGCGUCUAAACCUCAGAGUUGUCAGGGCUGGCCUGGGCUGCUGAUUUCAGAUGAUACUAUUCAACCUAAAAGCUAUUUUUCCUCAAAGUUUUUUUUUUUUUUUUCUAUGUAUAAAGCCGAAAUUAAGUUUUGUACUCAUUAGGAUUUACACCCCCCCCCAUUCCAUCCCCACUGAAAUUUGGAAGAAAAUUUAGUACAUGGCUCUGAGGCUGCCAGUUAUACAAUAAUCUAUUUUGCAUAUGAAAAUUUGUAUUUAACUUUUUUGUUCAUGAAAAACUUUACAGUGGUUACACAUUUUUAAUUUCGGAAAGUUUAGAGUCGGUCAGAACAUAUUUUGCAAGAUCUAGUGCCUAGUGUUGCUUUUCCGAUGUAAUAAAGGCCGUCUGGCAAACCUGCA